AUUCCGUGUUCAGUGUUCAUACACGCUCAUACUCUGUGAUUAGAAUUUAGAGAUUAGAGUUCUCUUUGGAUUAGAGAAUUGAUUUAAAAUGAAAAUGGCUGCGAGCCGUCGCAAACAAGAUGAUAAAAACCUCGAAAUUCUACGUGAACUUAUUUCACAAAAUGGAAACAAACAUUGUUUCGAUUGUAAUCAAAGAGGACCCACCUAUGUUAAUACUACAAUUGGGUCAUUUGUUUGUUCAAAAUGUUCAGGAAUGUUACGCGGUCUUACUCCACCACAUCGUGUGAAGUCGAUUUCCAUGGCUACAUUCACGCCCGAAGAAAUAGAAUUUAUAAAAGUAAAAGGAAAUGAUUUCUGCAGGCGCGUAUGGCUAGGUCUCUUUGAGGGUGAAAGUGUAAACUAUUCAGACGAACAAAGCGUAAGAGAUUUCAUGUCUGAAAAGUACGAAAAGAAGUUGUAUCAUCUUGAUUCAUCAUCAAAAAGUGCUGUUGUGUUAAAUGGAAAUUGUAUACAAAAUAGUAAAAGUAAGCAAAAAUUAGGCAGUGCGGCAGUUGCAACACCUUUGGUCGCAAUUUCGUCGCGAGCCGAUACUACAGGAAGUAAUAAUAAUGUGAUAACCACUGCAAAAGUGAUGCCUACAUUACCAAUAGUGCAAGAGAGCCAUAAAAUAGCUAGACCUGUUAAUAAUCUUUCCUACCAAUCAUCUGGUAAUGCCAGCUCGCAACCAUCAGUACAAAUUCCACCGCCUAUACCCGACUUCCCUGUUGACUUCUCAACUGCCAACAUUUACAACAGUGCUCAUUACAACAAUAGUUUAAACAACAACAACCUUGGCAGUCCAUCAUCAUUUACUACAACACCUGCUUUUGAUGCUUUUAACUGUUACAAUGCACAAAAUGAUCGCUACGCUGCCCUGGCUGAUCUUGAUUUAGUGUUUCGUCAACAAAAUAUGAAGAACACAGAUGAAAGCACCACUAUCAGUAGCAAGAAUCCAUUCCAAAGCUCAUCAGCAGAUGUGUUUGUAAAUAGAAACCCUUUCGCCAAUGGUGUUUGGAACAAUGCCACAGCACCUAUCACAGUGAACCCAUUUACAACAUCAAAUCAAACUGUUGUUAAUUCGAAUAAUCCUUUCCUUUGAGGAACAAGAGCAAAAAAUUGGAGAAGGAAGUAAAAUGAACAAAUUUACGUAACAAUGCACAAAAUGUACCCACAAGGUAAUGUUAUCAAUAUUAUAUUAUAUUUAUAAGUAUUUACAUUUUGCCAUAGUGCUUAUUGUUGUUAACGGUUGUAACUUAAGUGCCUCAUUCUGCCUUAGAAAUUUUUAUUCUUGUACGGGCUGUUAUAGAAAAUGCUAUAGUAUUCAAAAUGUGAAUAGGGUAAAAUGUAUACUAUAUUAUAGAUAGUGCGAUGUUAAGGUAUUGAUACAAUUGUUGGUCUGAGCUUUAUUAAUUUUAAUGAUUAUUAUUAUCUAUGUAAACCUCUGAGUCGGGCUUAGUCAUUAUUUUAUUGGCAUGACAAUUAUUAGGAAGUAUUGUAUGUGCAGACACACAUAGAGAAAAUAUUACAAAUGAAGUCAGUGACUCACUGGCCUGUGUUUGUGUAUGGUGAGGUCAUUCAUUUAUGGCCGUAGCGGGACAUAGCCUUACACACGGCAUGUUUAAUGUGUUAUGUGUUAGUCAUUGCAGUUGUUUGUUAUCUAUAUUUGGGACAAGAUUUAGAAAAAUUAACUACAUUUAUUGAAAUUAUGGAAUGCACUGUUGCAAGUAUUAUCCUCAUGUAUCAUUUGGUGGGUCCGGUUCAAAUAAAUAUUGAAAUAAAAAAUUUAUGAACAAUUAUUGGAAUAGAAUUGAACUUUAAUAUAAUAAUGUGCCGUUAAUGUGAACAAUUGUAAGGAAAGAAGUAUGUUCAUAGCUUUAACAUUUCCAAAGUAAUUAAUUAAAAUUACAAAUGAAUGCCACAGGCUCUAUCAUUAAUAUUUUUUUUUAUCAUAAGUAAUUGUAUUUAUAUUGUCAAUAAAAAAAUACUCAAAUAUCACUGAAAUUAUAUUUUUGAAGCCGUGUGGAGGUAGUUGUGAUGUAGUGAAUUAUUUGUACAAAACUAUUUUAAAACAUGACAGAGAUUUGAAGUGAGCACAAUUUAUUAUGAAUUAGAAUAUAAGAGGCUAAUCUUGAAUCCAAUUAUUUUUAGUAAUAAUUUGUAUCAAUUGUUAUUGUUAUAUUUUUAAUUGCUUUAUGUUUUAUUGAGAAUCAGCUUUCUGUUAUUAAUGAAAUGAAUACCUCUCAAAUUCUGUCUAAUCUGUGAUUGUAACCAGUAACUGAUUUGAUGCGGAACUAAUUUAUAGUGUUAAUCUUCACUCAUGGACUAUUUAUUUAGUUUUAAUUUUUUUUACUUUUUUGAGCACUGAG